AUGUUAGAGAUAGAAGCGAUAAUUGUUCCACAAGUUAGAAGGAAAAUGUCUUUCCUGGCCGUUUUAUUUGCAACUAUGAUUUAUUAUUACAACGGCGAUCUGCUUGAUGAAACUGCAUCGGGGAUCAUAGACUUGCCUGGGGAUUCAAUACUCAGCAAUUACGAUUUCAUUAUUGUCGGCGGUGGAUCAGCAGGUGCGGUGCUGGCUAAUAGACUGACAGAAGUCGAACAUUGGAGUGUACUAGUAAUAGAAGCUGGAGAACACGAAACUAUACUAUCGGGCGUGCCUUUGUUGACUGUACACCAGCAACUAUCCGAUAGUGAUUGGCAAUAUAUAACUGAGUCUCAGGAUACAGCGUGUUUGGCUAUGAAUGAAAAAAGGUGUAGGUGGUCUCGGGGCAAGGUUUUAGGAGGGUCCAGCGUAUUAAAUAAUAUGUUGUAUGCGCGUGGAAACCCAAUUGACUUUGAAAACUGGUUAGAACAAGGUAAUACAGGUUGGGGGUACAAUGACGUGCUCCAAUAUUUUAAAAAAUCUGAGGACAACAAAGAUUCGUCCUUAGCGCGUACUCCGUACCAUUCGGCUGGCGGCUAUCUCACGGUAUCGGAAGCGCCGGCCAAUACCCCACUAGCUGAAGCGUUCAUGGCGGCCGGGAGAGAAAUGGGCUACGAUGUACACGAUAUUAAUGGCAAACGACAAACGGGUUUUAUGGUACCACAAGGCACCAUCAGAAAUGGUUCAAGGUGCAGUACGGCGAAGGCAUUCCUGGGACCAGCCAGGAUGCGAAGAAACCUGCACGUGACACUCAACACACUUGUCACACGAGUUGUCAUAGAUCCUGUAACGAAAAUCACGAUCGGUGUUGAACUGAUAAAAAAUAACACCAGGUACUACGUUCGGGUAGAAAAAGAAGUGUUGCUGUCAGCAGGCCCUAUAAAUUCUCCACAGUUACUCAUGGUCUCCGGCAUAGGUCCUAAAAGUCAUCUGGCAGAAAUGGGUAUACCCAUUAUUUCUAGUUUAGAUGUUGGAAAAAAUCUUCAAGAUCAUAUCGGACUUGGAGGACUGACGUUUUUGACCAACCGAGAGGUUUCAGUAACGCAUAACAGAGUGCAAAACGUCAAUACGGCAUUCAGCUAUGCGACGAUGCGCAAAGGGCUACUAACGAUCAUGGCGGGUGUUGAAGGAUUGGCGUUUAUAAAUUCGAAACACGGCAAUCUGUCUACUGAGCAACCAGACAUCGGGUUGAACUUAGUGUCUGGUUCCACCAUCACUGGUCUUGGUGGAAACAACACUUGGAAAGCUCAUGGGCUAAAAGAUUUUUUUUAUGAUUCGAUGUAUAAAUCGAUUCUUCACAAAGACGUUUGGUCCGCUCUACCUAUAUUGUUGAAGCCCAAGAGCCGCGGUGAAAUACUGUUGCGGAGCGCCAACCCGUUCGACUCUCCCAAGAUUUCACCCAACUACCUGACGGCCCGAGAGGACGUUGACACGCUGGUGAGGGGCGUAAAUUUUGUGUUGGAAAUGGCCCAGACCGCGUCUCUCCGCAAGUUCGACAGCCGUCUGCACGACGUACCGUUCCCCGGUUGUCAGUCGGUUCCACGGCACUCGGACGCCUACUGGGAGUGCAUGGUUCGGCACUACACCGUGUCCACGUACAACCCAGCGGGUACCGCCAAAAUGGGUCCCGAGGGUGACAAGACCGCCGUGGUAGACCCAAAGCUCCAAGUGUACGGCGUCUAUGGGCUCCGAGUGGUGGACGCGUCCAUUAUGCCAACGCUGGUCGCCGCCAACACCAACGCGCCGGUCAUAAUGAUAGCUGAAAAGGCCGCGGAUAUGAUUAAGGAUACAUGGCGUAAUGAUAAACCGUCCCGUUUCUAUGACUAUAUUUGGGUUUCAAAUUUGGUCGAAAUUAGAUAUUUCAACGAAAAAGAACGAUUAUUGGUGGCAACUUGGAAAUUUGUACGUAUAUUAUUAUAUUGUACACUUGACGAUGACAAUUUAAUAUUCGAUAUUUAA